CAGCCUCGCCCCGAGACCCCGGGCCAUGGCGCGGGUGCUCAUCGUGGGCACCGGGCUGACGGGAAGCCUGUGCGCAGCGCUGCUCAGGAAGGAGGCACCCCGUCCAGUGCACCUCACGGUGUGGGACGAGGCUGGGGACUCAGGGGGAAGAAUGACGACAGCCAGGAGCCCUUAUAAUCCACAGAGCACGGUUGACUUGGGUGCCCAGUACAUCACCUGCACACCUCACUAUGCCAAGCAACACCAAAGUUUUUAUGAUGACCUGUUAGCUCUUGGCAUUUUGAAGCCUCUGACCUCUCCUAUUGAAGGGAUGGUGAUGAAAGAAGGAGACUGUAACUUUGUGGCACCUCAAGGAGUUUCUUCAAUUAUUAAGCACUACUUGAAAGAAUCAGGUGCUGAUGUCUGCUUCAGACACCAUGUGACUCAGGUCAACCUGCGGAAUGACAAGUGGGAAGUCUCCAAGGAAACAGGUCCCCCCGAGCAGUUUGAUAUCGUCGUCCUCACGAUGCCGGUUCCCCAGAUUCUGCAGCUCCAAGGCGACAUCGCAAACUUAAUUAGUGAAUGCCAAAGGCGGCAACUGGAGUCUGUGAGCUACUCCUCUCGCUACGCUCUGGGCCUCUUUUAUGAAGCUGGCACGAAGAUUGAUGUCCCUUGGGCUGGGCAGUACAUCACCAGUAAUCCUUGCAUACGCUUCAUCUCCAUUGAUAAUAAGAAACGCAAUAUAGAGUCGUCCGAAGUCGGGCCUUCCCUUGUGGUUCACACCACUGUCCCCUUUGGAGUCACCCACUUGGAGCACGACACUGAGGACGUGCAGGGGCUCAUCUUCCAGCAGCUGGAAGGUAUCUUGCCAGGGCUGCCUCGGCCAGUUGCGACCCAGUGCCAGAAGUGGAGACAUUCGCAGGUUACAAACGCUGCUGCCGACUUCCAUGGCCAGUUGACGCUUCAUCUCAAACCUUUCCUUGUGUGUGGAGGGGACGCAUUCACUCAGUCCAACUUCGAUGGCUGCGUCACUUCUGCCCGGUGUGUUUUAGAAGCUUUAAAGAACCACAUUUAGUACCUGUAUCUUUGUUCUCUACAUGAGCUUCGGGUUUUUGUCUUCACAAGUGUCUGUUAUCGAUCAUUUUGGUUUCUAUUUUGUUGAGAGAAAUUACUGGAAAAUUUCUCAUAUGGAGUAUUAAAUUGAUUUUAUGAUUUUUGACAGUUACAACCCACGCUAGAAUGAAAAUUCCUUGUACCGUGCACCUUUACAGUGUUUCUAAAUUGCCAUGACUCCCCCUUGUUAGAAGAAAACACUGGUUAAGAAUAACAAAUGACCCUCCCAAAGAAGCAGGUCCAACCAAAGUAAUAGUUCAUGUUCCAAAACCUUUAUUCUUUUGAAAAUUUCCAUUCUAAAUAAAGAAUAAUUAUCAUCCAA